AACUUCCGCUCAACAAGAGAAAGAGUGUCUUUCCCGCCUUGAUUUGCUUUGCACCGACAGACUGGAACUCGGCACGCAGUAGUUUGUAAUAAGAGGCCACCAUGUCUAUUUCUUAUCUGUUUAGUUUAUUAUUGACACUCCUGUUAAAUCAAGGCUGUUGGGGUGGAGAAGAAACCAAGAAUGUUAGUUGUGCAAGCCUCCGAACUGGAAAUGCGUACAAAUACUGUGUAAAGGAGAAGGAGAAACCUAAACGUGUGGAGUGGCAAUCAGUGUUUUCCAAUAAGACGUCUACGUGGCUUGCUUCGUGGCUCUGUCAACACAAAAACACUACACAAACACACAAUGUGAUUGAUGUCAACUACUCCUGCAUCACCCUCCUGGACUGUGUCAAUGUAGACCACACUGCCAUAAGUGCUCGGUCUGAGCAUUUGACCCAUUUCAAUGUGUCUGGUGCAUCAGAUGAGCCAAAGAAGCCUUUGGAGAAAGAGCCUGACAGUGAGAAUACAACUGCAGAUGGAGACCAUCCUGAUAGAAACCGUGGUGACACUAGUUUGAUCUGGAAAAUCAUUGUUGGUGUUGCUCUCGGGCUGGUCAUUGCUGGUCUGCUCUUAGUGUUGUGUUAUGUGUAUAAAUCUCGGAGAGACAAACAGUGCAACCAAGGCCACAGAGAUGUGGAAGCGGGUCAGGGCAUUCCAGAACCAAACUCCAUUCCUCUGAUGCAGAAUGAGCAACGUGAUGCCAGUGACCAAGGAGGUGAGCCAGGAGAGGAGAGCAGGCAGCCCAUGGACAAUGAAGAGACAGGCGCUGACAACCCUCUGCUGAAUGGAGAUGCCAGUGGCCAAGGAGAGGAAGGUGUUCUAGGAAUGGAGGAUGGAAAGCUGUCAGACAAUGACAGAGCAGACACUGAAAUCUGUCAGAAGACACAUGCUGAUUCCCAUCCACUGAAUGUACCCAAGGUUGUCAGGGUUAACAGCCAGACUGAUGACCCACAGCUUCUUGGUCAACCUCAGAGCAAUGGACAUGUGCCAUAUAGAAGGGUUAACGAUGAGACUAAGGAAGCGACUCCUGGUGCACAGAGUCCAGGACCACCUCAGAUGAAUGGAGGACCUCCCAUGUCUAACAGAGCUGCAGAGGAGACCACUGCUCUAUUGGACAAACAGGCCUUAGACAAGGACCAAGUCACCAAACCCCCUGAGUUAAUAGACAAAGGACCUAAUGACAUGGAGUCAAGUAGAGGAGAACUGUAACAAACGGUGGACGUUUGUAUAACAAAAGAAAACCUAUUAAGAUAUAAUAAGAUACAGUAAUAUAUGAUAUACAGUACUUAUUAUAAGAUACAGUAAUAUAUGAUAUACAGUACUUAUUAUAAGAUACAGUAAUAUAUGAUAUACAGUACUUAUUAUAAGAUACAGUAAUAUAUGAUAUACAGUACUUAUGAUAAGAUACAGUAAUAUAUGAUAUACAGUACUUAUGAUAAGAUACAGUAAUAUAUGAUAUACAGUACUUAUGAUAAGAUACACAUAUGUGACUAGCUUCAUCAUCGUCAGUCAUGUCAACCUCAAGACACAUUCUGACCAGUGUGUUUUACUGCACAUUGAUUUUCAGAAACCUCAACAGUUUAUUAAGUUAAUUCUCUGUGACAGCUAUAAUCUGGAUAGGUUAGGAAACGUGUUUAAGUGAAAUCAGUUGAAAUUUCAAAACAGCCCAUUACUUGUAGAUAACUAAAAUUACAAAAUGAUUCUAAUCUGAAAAUGAGUGUGACUUAUGACUGAUUAUGAUACAGCAUGUCACAUAUUAGCUAUACAACAUUAUAAUGAUAUGAAAGGAUAGUAAGAUCAUACUUACAGUAGUAUUGUAUACUAUACAUACAAGCAAAUAUACAUUACAUACUCAUGAGAAGAUGCAUAAAACAUAAACCUCUUUAGUAGAGACAUUUCCAAGAUCAUGAGGUCUCACUCAAUGUCUUGUGGACAUGUCAAAUAGCUAAACAUUGACCAGGCGCUAUUUCCGCUAUAUAUACACAAAUGUAUGUGGACACCCCUUCAAAUUAGUGGAUAUGUCUAUUUCAGCGACACCCGUUGCUGACAGGUGUAUAAAAUGGAUUACACAGCCAUGCAAUCUCCAUAUACAAACAUUGGCAGUAGAAUGGCCUUACUGAAAAGCUCAGUGACUUUCAAUGUGGCACCGUCAUAGGAUGCUACCUUUCCAACCAGUCAGUUGAUCAAAUCUCUGCCGUGCUAGAGCUGCCCUGGCCACCUGUAAGGGCUAUUAUUGUGGAGCAUCAUUGGCUCAGCCAUUAAGGAGUAGGCCACACAAGCUCACGGAACGUGACCGUCGUGUGGUGAAGCCUCUCAGUCGCAAUCGUCCGUCCUCGGUUGCAACACACACUACAGAGUUCCAAACUGCCUCUGCAAGCAUCGUCAGCACAACUGUUCAUCAGGGGCUUCAUGAAAUGGGUUUCCAUGGUCGAGCAGCUGCACACAAGCCUAAGAUCACCAAGUGCGAUGCCAAGUGUUGGCUGGAGUGGUGUCAAGCUUGCCGCUAUUGGGCUCUGGAGCAGUGGAAACGCGUUCUUGCUUCACUAUCUGUUAGUCCAUCAGACAAAUCUGGGUUUGGCGGAUGCCAGGAGAACGCUACCUGCCUCAUUGCAUAGUGCCAACUGUAAAGUUGGGUAGAGGAGGAAUAA